AUGCUUGAUACACCAUGGCGGAAGGAAAGCAAAGAUUUGAUAAAAGACUAUCGAACAUUCCAAGAGAGAUUUGAACAGGUUAAGGAUGAAGGUAUCAGUAAUAGGCAUCAGUAUGAAUGCCAUUCAGAAAUACUAGAUAAAGCAAUGGAAGAUAUGAAUAAUGCUGAAUGUGACAACUUUGACAAUGCUGCUCCAAAUGCAGAGCAUGUCAAUCAGCAGGACUGUGCUGUUAAAGACAAGCCUAAUGACGCUCUAAGAUUAUUCUUAAGUGGAGGUGCUGGAGUUGGCAAAAGUACUGUUACAAAUGCAUUGUAUGAAGUUCUGAUCAGAUUUCUAAAUAGUAUUGCCGGGGAAAAUCCAGAUGAUGUGAAAGUUGUCAAGACUGCCCCUACUGGUAAAGCAGCAUUCAAUAUAAAAGGCAAUACACUACAUGGUGCUUUUAAGAUACUUGCCAAUAGAGGAUUUGAGUAUUGUGCACUGGACAGUGACAGACUGAAUAUCAUCAGAGCAAAACUAAACAAACUUAUGGUGAUCUUCAUCAAUGAUAUUUCUAUGGUUGGAAGUGGCAUAUUCAACUUUUUGAACUUAAGGUUACAACAAAUUAUGGGAACUAGUGAACCAUUUAGUGGAAUAAGCUUAGUAACUGUUGGAGGUCUUUUCCAGCUUAAGCCAGUUUUUGAUAAGUGGAUCUUUGAAAAUUCUCAAUCUGGCUAUAAUGAAUUUGCAACUAACAUUUGGACAGAGUACUUCACCCUCUUUGAAUUGACAGAAAUAAUGAGACAAAAAGAUGACAAAGAAUUUGCUCAGCUACUCAGUCGUUUGAGAGAAGGAAAUCAGCCUGAAGAUGAUAUAGCCAUUCUAAAACAACGGCUUCUGACUGUAAGGCCCCAACAAGAUAAUUACCCUAUGAACACGACACAUUUAUUUACUACAAAUACACCAGUAGAUGCUCACAACAAUAUAUCCUCUCUAAAACUGAGAAAUCGCAGAUUAAGGCUUUGGACAUUAUAG